GACGAACGGGUGCAAAUAGUGUUCCUCCAAGAUUGAUUAGCUCAUAAGCCAAAUCGCGACUAUUCCAAUUGGCGCAGCGCGGUACGAUCGAAACAUUGGAUAAGAUGAACGCUGAUUACAAAACAAGUUGGCCAUUGGAGCCAUUCAACGAUGCAGUGAAUGGACUAGACCUCAGACGUGAGUGGGAAGAAUGGCACCGGUCAUUCGAGCUACUGGUGGAAAUGCGCAACGUCGGAACGCAGCAUGAGAAGCUGGUGCUCUUGCUGACUCUAGGCGGUCGUGGCUUGCAACGAAUUUAUUAUAAUCUCGGCCCAGUUAGUGAUGAAAUUCAACCAACGCCAGUUCCAAUACCAUUCAUGCCAUAAGAGGAUCCAGAAUAUGAUAACGCGAUAAAACGCCUUCAAAAGUUUUUCAUCGGAAAGAAGAAUGAUCGCAUCAAGCUGGAAUUGUUCCGUUCAAUGAGGCAAUCAAGCGACGAAACAUUCUGAGAUUGAGAACACAAGCCACGCGAUGUGAAUUCAAGGACCGUACUGAAAUGGAAAUCCUACAUCAAAUCACGAUGGGCGCUAAGGACGAGAGAGUAUGCGAUAAAGGAUUGGAGAAUGAUCAACUUGGACGAACUGGUAAAUUAUGCAGUAACCCGCGAAAUACUGAUGAAGCAGAAAGAAAAGACAAAGCCAUUCGGUAACGAGAUUGGACCGGUAGCUGUGGCUGCUGUCCGACAAACACAAAUGCAAAGACCAUGAUUCAGAAGCGUGCGAGAGAGUUAUACCGGUAACCGUACCUUCCGUGAGAGGUCCUUCAACCGAGACAAUAGACCGAUCAAGCGGGAGACCAUGUCCGAAUGUGGUCGGUGUAGCUCAGACCGUCAUCAAACGGAUUCGAAUGGAUGCUCGGCACAGAAAUCAAGAUGUAAUAACUGCGGUCGCAAAGGCCACUUCGCUCGAAAAUGUUUCACAAGGCAAACCGUUGAACCCAGAUACAACACUCAUCGAACUCAAAUCACCGAAGAGGCUAACACUCUUGGAAGAGAUGCCGAAUGGAAGGAGGAGCUGCCCCACCGUCCAGAACCAGGAGAAAUGCUCAAGGUAGAUGAAUAAUUUUGUCACUAGAAUUAAAAUAUAUUUUGUAGAAUCCUUCAAAAUCGUAUAAAAUACUUCUAUAAAUACACUUAUUUGUUUUGUUCUGUCUUCACAUUGGUACGUGGUAUCUAUAGGCAACAAUGUCGAAUCGGAACAGUGGCACUAUCACAUGUUUUGUUGACAAAACUCCGAUAGACUUUCUCGUUGAUUCGGGGGCUUCAAUAAAUACUGUCACGAACGAAGCAUGGCUUGCUCUAAACGAACAUAAAGCGAAGAUAUUCAAAACUAAAUUUAAAUGCGAUCGUCAAUUUAGGGCAUACGCAAGCGAAGCACCACUGAGUGUGCUUUUGGUAUUCGAAGCAUGGAUCUCGAUCAAUGAUACAAAGCCGAACGCUUAUCCCGAAUUGUAAUAGAAGGGGCAAACAAAUGCCUUUUGAGCAAAAGGACCGCAGAGGAUCUAAAGGUGCUGAAAGUCGGUUUAGACGUCUGCAGGGUGGAAACAGAAAUUGACCCCUUUCCAAAGUUCCCAAAUAUACAGGUGAAGCUGACAAUUGACAAGAGCGUGCUUCCGCGGAAAUUAGCUUAUUUGCGAGUUCCUGCUCCGUUAGAAUCACAAGUUGAUGCAAAAAUUUCUGAAAUGCUACGUAGGGAUAUCAUAGAGCGAGUUAAUGGACCCCCAGAAUGGAUUUCUCCUAUGGUCGUGGUUCCCAAAGGCAAAAACGACGUUCGACUCUGUGUUAAUAUGCGUUAUCCUAACGAAGCUAUUCAGCGAGAGCACUAUCCGUUACCCGUUAUCGACACGUUCCUUAACAAAUUGAGGGGAUCUACCUUUUUCUCCAGACUUGACAUUACAUCUGCGUUCCAUCACGUUGAAUUGCAUCCCGAUUCUAGAGCGAUAACCACGUUUAUGACCGGAAGAGGGCUUAUGCGAUUUAAAAGGUUGAUGUUCGGCAUUAACUGUGCGCCCGAGAUUUUUCAGAGAAUAAUGUCGGAAAUGUUAGCAGGCAUUGAAGGCGUCAUAGUAUACAUUGAUGACAUCGUUAUAGCGGGCAGUACAAUAGCUGAACACGAUGCACGACUUGCAGAAGUACUGGAAGUACUCAAAGAAAACAAUGUAAAAUUGAACGAUGCGAAGUGUUUGUAUCGUGUCAAAGAGCUGGAGAUUUUGGGCUUUAAGGUCGAUGCUCUACGCAUUAGCCCAUUCAACGAUAAAGUUGAAGCAUUAAGAACUUUUCGCCAACCUGAAACGAAAGAAGAAGCAAGAAGUUUUUUAGGACUCGUAAACUUUGUAGGACACUUCAUACCGAAUCUAUCCACAAGGAGCGAACCAUUGCGACAAUACAUUCGAGGAGAAGUAAGCGCAUAUGGAGAAGAACAGCGCAAAGCCUUCGACGACCUUCGAAGUGAAUUCUCACGUGGUGUUCACAAGCUGGAAUUCUACGAUCCAAAAGACGUAACCGAAAUGUAUGUCGAUGCUUCCCCAGUGGGCUUAGGAGCUGUUUUGGUGCAGAGAGACAAAUCGAAAAUACCAAGGGUAAUAAGCUUUGCGUCCAAGGGAUUAACACCGGCUGAAAAGGUUUACCCACAAACACAGCGCGAGGCAUUGGCUGUUGUUUGGGCGGUAGAGAAGUUCUAUUUAUAUCUGUUUGGUUUACACUUCACCGUUUUCACCGACCACAAAACGCUGGAAUAUAUUUACGGAGGAAAACAUCGCGAUGGUAGACAUGCAUGCUCUAGGGCCGAAUCCUGGGCGCUCCGUUUAUUGCCUUUCGAUUUUGAAGUGAAGCAUAUCCCAGGAGUAUCCAACAUCUCAGACAUACUGUCAAGGCUUCGUCCGGCAUCAGUUUCAGCGUUCGAUGACGAUUCAGAACAUUUUUUGUUCGCUAUCGGUGACAACCCACUCGCUAUUAGUUUGGAUGAAAUUAUUGAAGAAACGCGUCGAGACGAGAUGCUUAUUGCUGUAACUAAUGCAUUACAAACAGAUGAAUGGCCGAAACACCUGUUUCGAUAUCAAGCAUUCAGAAAAGAGCUUGGUAUAAUCAAGGGAGAAAUUGUUCGCGACGAGAGGAUAAUUCUUCCAGACAGACUCAGAACUAAAGCGCUAGAUAUCGCACAUCGUGGACACCCUGGUAUUGUCACCAUGCGUAGGAUCCUCCGCGUAAAAGUAUGGUGGCCAUCGAUGGAUCGUGAUGUGACUAACAGAGUUCAGGAAUGUGCAGGAUGUGCUACCGUGCGCAACGAGUACUCCCCUGUAUCCAUGAUGAGGAAAGAAAUGCCUGAAAGGGCUUGGCAAGAAAUUGCGGUAAAUUUCUUUACAGCAAAGGAAUGUGCAACAUUUCUAGUAGUUGUGGAUUAUUUUAGUCGCUUUCUACAGGUCAUUGAAAUGAAAAGCACAAAUGCCAGCAAAACUAUCGAGGCUUUGGAAGAAAUAUUUUCGCAACAAACCUACCCUGAGACAAUCAGAAGCGAUAACGGACCUCCGUUUUCUAGCGAGGAGUUUUCGAGGUACUGUUCACAACACAACAUUAAACUAAUCCGUACAAUCCCUUACUGGCCGCAAAUGAACGGGUUAGUAGAAAGGCAAAACCAAGGCAUUUUAAGAACAUUGCGGAUUGCGAAGGCAACAAAGACUGACUGGCGGAAGGCACUGAAGGACUAUGUAUUCAUGUAUAAUACUUCGCCCCAUUCAGUAACAGAUAAGGCUCCUAUGGAGUUGCUAAUGGGUCGGCCAGUCAAGGACAUGCUACCAUCUCUUAGAACGGAGCCAAGAUUACGCCUUGAGGAAGAUGUAAGGGAGCGAGAUGCUAUCAGAAAAAUGCAAGGAAAAUUGUAUGCUGAUGAGCGUAGACACGCCAAGGCUUCUGAAAUCGAGGUUGGGGACACAGUUAUGAUGAGAAACUAUGUCACAGGAAAACUUGAGCCAAAAUUCCGUCUUGAACUAUUCAAAGUUAUUAAGAAAACUGGAAACGAUACGAUAAUUGCUAAUGAAGAAGGACUAAUGUAUCGAAGGUGCAUAACUCAUCUACGAAAAUGACCAACUUCAAGAUCCACAGAAUCAGACACAGAAUUAGCUCCAUGCUCAACCGACGAUGUUCAUUCCCCUUCAAAGGAUUGCGACACUCAAUCAUCUCCGGUUAAUCAGGAACAACCAACUCCGAUUGUCCCGGAACAACGAACUCCAGCAAAACGAACUCUAAAAAAACCAUACGUCGCAGCGGAGGAGCAACCGAAGCGCUCAAGCAGAAAAAUAAUUGUUCCACAGCGUUACAGUCCGUAGAUGAAACUGUUUGGAGCUUUAGUGUGAAUGUAGAGGAUAAAUACUGCAAACAAAAAGCAA